CCACGGCCCGUGCGCGCCCCCGACUUCGCGCUCGAGGUGUUCCGCUUCAAGGACUCGCUGGCCGAAGACCUGCGCCAAGCCGACCUGGUCAUCAGCCACGCGGGCGCGGGCAGCUGCUUGGAGACGCUGGGAGAGGGCAAGCCGCUGGUGGUGGUGAUCAACGAAACCCUGAUGGACAAUCAUCAGCUGGAGCUGGCCAGGCAGCUCUGCCGAGACGGCCACCUCAUCUACUGCACUUGCAGCACGCUCGCCGAGACCCUGCAGUCCGUGGACUUGUCCCUCCUGAAGCCCUUUCCUCCUGGGCGGCCGGAAAAAUUUGCCGCCUUCUUGGAUGAUGUUCUUGGCCUUGAAUAAGGCCCUCGGGGAAAAUAAAAAUGUCUGGCCUCGUG